UUGACCGUUGCGCGAGUGCAACGUUAGGCAGUAUUAAAAAUAAAACGUUCCCCUUUCGAACGCAUUCACGAUCGCGCCUUAUUUUGUUUUUUUUUUACUUUUUCUUUUCGGCCAGUAUUCUGGUAAUUUUAAUUAUUAUUAUUUUCUUUUGUGAUAAUAAACCGGCUUUCUUGAUUGUGCCAGUGAUACAAAAGUAAAAGGAGGUGAAACUCUUGCGAUUUCGAUAAAAUGGCCGCCAACUAGCAAGUAAUCUUCACACAAUGGCGGCGCGUCCGGCCGCGGUGGUUGUGGAACGGGCGUGCAAGCACUAUGGGCGCCCAGACAAGCCGGACUACAAACCUGUACUCGCACAUUUAAACAUGACUGUUGAAAGGGGGAUCAUAUAUGGACUCCUCGGACCUUCGGGAUGCGGUAAAACAACCCUACUGUCUUGCAUAGUCGGGAGAAGAUCACUGGACAGCGGCAACGUGUGGGUGUUGGGAGGCAGGCCAGGGGAGAAAGGGAGCGGAGUUCCUGGCCCGAGGGUAGGAUACAUGCCACAGGACAUAGCACUUGUAGGCGAGUUCACAGUGAGGGACGCGUUAUAUUACUUCGGUAGGAUAUACGGAAUGAAGAGUGGGAGACUCAAGGAGAGGUUCGACUUCCUCUCUUCUCUUCUGGAGCUGCCGAGUGAAGGGCGACUGGUCAAGUCGUUAUCUGGCGGCCAGCAGAGGAGGGUAUCCUUGGCAGCUGCGCUGGUACACGAGCCUGAGCUGCUGAUCUUAGACGAACCAACCGUUGGCCUGGACCCUGUGCUCAGAGAACGGAUUUGGGAGUUUCUGUCCGUACUGGCGCGAGGCGGCACAACGGUCAUCAUCACUACACAUUAUAUUGAUGAAACGAAACAAGCACACAAGAUUGGUCUUCUGCGAGACGGGCAGUUGUUGGCUGAGGAUUCUCCAGAAGAACUGCUGCGGAAGUUUGACUGCGACACCCUGGAGGACGCCUUCCUGAAGUUGGCGCUGCGCCAACACCAACUGCCGAGGCGGAGGUCCACUCUGACAGCGUCCCCAGACGUGAUAGCAGACACGGUGUCCACCGACGAGUGUUUCCAAUCCAGAGAAGAUUUCAACGUUGUCACGAGUAGUACUGAUGUACUGACUGCAAAGGAGAAAUCAAAAGACUGUCGCGGUAGAUCCAAGGGAAGAUAUAAAGCGGUAUUUAUCAAGAGUAUACAACAGUUCUCCAGGCAUCCUGGGGGCCUGGUGUUCUCCGUGCUGUUCCCGAUCAUCCAGAUAGUGGCGUUCUUCUCGGCGGUGGGGCACGACCCGCGCGGGCUGCAGCUCGCGGUCGUUAACGAGGAGGCGGCUUCCUCACCACUGGGUCUGGACAUUUGCAAGAAUAGCAGCCUGCAACCCAUCACCAGGAUAGAGGAAGAUGAUAGUUGCGAACAAUACAUGCUCAGUUGCUGGUUUCUAGAAGAGAUGGAGAAGAAAGGACUGUAUCAGAUUCCGUACAACACCUCAGAGGAAGCUAAGCAUGCCGUGACUUCCGGGCGUUUUUACGGCGCGUUAAGAUUCCACACAAACUUCAGUUCCUCCCUCGCCGCGAGACUUCGGGAAGGAGACAUCCCCGACGAUGUUCUGGAGCAGAGCAACGUCAACGUGUGGCUCGACCAUAGCAAUCACCAAAUCAGAAAUUUCAUAAAGAGUCAACUAUACAAGAUUUAUAGUGCCUUCACAAAAAGAUCCAUGAAAGCUUGUGGGCGACACGAAGAUCUGGCUCAGAUGCCAGUACGCUUCGAAGAGCCAAUCUAUGGGAAAAUGGAGGCGCAGAUGAUGUGGUUCAUGGCACCAGGGAUUAUGAUCACGAUAAUCUUCUUCUUGCCUGCGGUGGUGACUUCCACACUUAUGAUCGGUGACCGCCUCGAAGGUGUGUGGGAAAGAAGUGCCGUAGCAGGAGUCAAGCCGAAAGAAAUGCUCAACGUACACAUAGCGCUGCAAGCUGCGGUAAUAUUGUUGCAGACGGCGGAAAUGAUGGCCCUCGCAUUCGCUGGGUACGGACUGCCCUCGAAGGGGUCACUGGCCGCGUGCGCCCUGCUGCUGUUCCUGCAAGGCUUGUGCGGGAUGUGCUACGGUUUCCUACUGUCCAUAUACUGCUCUAGUUACACGAUGUCUUUCUUCGUCGUCACUGGCAGCUUCUACCCGAUGAUCUUGCUCUGCGGCAUCCUCUGGCCUCUAGAAGGAAUGUCAGCAGGGCUUCGCAUCGUCGCCCUAACCCUUCCCUUCACGUUACCAUCAAAAUCUCUCCGAGACAUCAUGGAGCGAGGGGCCACCAUCGCCGACCCGUCAGUCUACCACGGGUUCCUAGUCACUCUGGCGUGGACUGUUGUCACUCUAGCGUUAUGUUUCUUAAGGCUCAAAUUCAAGAAGACUUAACUUUUACACCGAUAUUAAAAUAAUUGCCAUGGCAAUACACCGCCGAACUUAAUAACCGCGGAACAAAGUUUGACUUGUGUACCUCUACCUUAAGUAUUUUUCCUAUUUGUCUUUAUUGUGUAAACAAUUUUCACACAACUCUUAAUUGCCCAUUUCUUUUUAAAAUACAAUUAAGUAAUUUCAAAUUUUAAUUACCGAAGAAGGUGGCAUGGUACCCUUUAGAAUAAGGAAAUAUUAAAAACGAAAUCCUAAACUCCUAAAUGUAACAUUAUUACUAUCAAUUUACAUUUUGUAUAUUUAGCGCAGUCUAUAGUAAGGGAAACUUUAUUGUUAUUAUCAUAUUUUUCGGGUAGCUUGUAUAUAGCGAUAUAGAUUUAAUACAUGUGUAUAGUUUUUACUUUUUGCAAUUUAAUCAAACGCACACAUAUCAACAAAAUUUACAGCAUGACUUUUUAUAAAAAAAUAAACUUUAUACCGAAAAAAGGGUCGAUUUAAGAUUCAAGUUAUAACAGAUUUUUGAUGAUAAGAAUUGUCUAAACCUAUAUGUCUUUAUUGACAGUAUAUUACUGUUAGUACAUUGGACUUAUAAAGAAUUCUUGUAAUGAAAAAUUAGAAAUAAUACUUUGACUACAUUAAUAUUAUUGUCAUGGACGCAUUUAGCUAUAUUUUUAGUAUUUUUAAGUAUACCUUCGUUUACAUUUUACAGUUUGCAAACUCCAACAACAAAUUUGUUAUCGUUAUUAUCCAGAAAGUUUGUGUGUUGUUAACUAACCAAAUUAAUUAAGAAGAUAUUGCCGUAAUAUAAAGCCUUGUGAUACAAAUUAUGUGAUUUGUAUGGGUAUUUAUGAAUAAAAAGGUUUUUUUUAUUAGG